CACACAUUUGUGUCUCUCUGUGUCUAUAUCUAUCCCCAAAUCCUAUGCUUGUUGUUGCUGUAGGGAGCCUUAGGAGAUGGGGACUGAGGCCCAAUGUUAAGUAUCACCACAACCUUCGGCUUCAGCCCUCAACUCAACUAAUAUUGCAUGGUCUUGUCUUCUUCCCUCUCCUUUUUCUUCUCUUAUCCAACCCCUUCUACUAUCCACUUAGAAUAGUGUGAGAGCCAUGUUAAAAGAUGAUUUUAUGCCAGUCAUGAACAGCCUCGGGGAGCCAUGAGCCCAGUAUUCCCCUGCUUAGUUGUCAAGCCCUUACCCCUCAACAGGACUCUGAGGGGUGGACCAUUUCUCUCCCCAACAUACUCCAGGGUUACCAUAACCAAACUGCGUGUGAUGGAGGAGGAGCUGGCAUGGAAGUGGGACCCAUCACCAGCACAUGAUUAUCGCAAUUAUAUCCGCAUUGAUAGUUUCCAAGAGAUUCUUGCUUUUGGGGGAAGAAAUGACCAGGAUACAAUGGUGGUUGUGCAGGGCAGCAAGCCUCUGGCACAGAAUAUGUAUCACACCUGGACAGUCUUAAUACAAAACAUAUGGAAUGCUGAAGUG